UUGACAUUUGCCAACAAGACCAAAUGAAAAACAAAAAGGUUUUGUGAUCUUCCAUGAUUUGGCGCCAAAACCCGCGACGAUUGCAGCAGUGUGAGAGUGAUGGAGGUGCAGUUGCAGAGCGAUCCAUGGGAGUGGGAGAAGCCAAUGGCCACUUAUCUGCUUCGCUACCACUCCGACCAGCUCCGAUCCAUCGCUUCCUCUCCCGAUCCCAAUCUUCACUAUCCUCUCUUCAUUGACUUCGCAGAGUUGAUGGAGGAACAUCCUCACCUUGCGCGUCUCAUAUUCUCCCAACCCACCCCUUACUUGCAAGCCUUCGACAAUGCUGCUCUCUUGUCUCACAGAAUCGUGGUGAGAGAUUUAGAGCAAGAGAAGAAUGUUGUUGAGAAGAAUUUCAUUCAUGUUCGAAUCAACAUCAGUGGUUCUCCCCUUGAAUGCUCUGAGACGUUUCCGACCAUAGGGCGUGUUCGAGUGCAGCAUCGCGGAAUUCUUCUCACUGUGAAAGGGACUGUAAUCAGGUCUGGGGCAAUCAAGAUGCAUGAAGGAGAGAGGAAGUAUAUGUGCAACAAAUGCAAGAAGAGCUUCACAGUUUAUCCUGAGGUUGAAGCUCGAAACUCCAUAUCAUUACCUUCAAUUUGCCCCAUGCAGAAAUUGAAGCCCUGUGGAGGCACAAACUUCCAGUAUGUAGAAAAUACUAUAGUAUGCCAUGAUUAUCAGGAGAUAAAAAUCCAAGAAAGUACACAGGUGCUAGGUGUUGGGGCCAUUCCUCGUUCAAUUCUUGUCAUCUUGCAUGAUGAUCUGGUUGAUGUUGUUAAAGCUGGAGAUGAUGUGAUUGUCACUGGUCUCUUGACUGCAAAAUGGUCUCCAGAGUUGAAAGAUGUGCGCUGUGACCUUGAUCCUGUAUUAAUAGCCAACAAUGUAAGGAGGACCAAUCAACUGAAGUCAGAAAUGGACAUUUCUGAUGACUUAGUUACAAAAUUCAAGCAGUUCUGGGAACAUUUCAAAGAUGCACCCUUAAAAGGGAGGAAUGCUAUUCUUCGAGGAAUUUGCCCACAAGUAUUUGGCCUGUUUACUGUCAAGCUGGCCGUUGCAUUAACACUUAUAGGAGGUGUUCAACAUGUCGAUGCUUCUGGAACAAGGGUAAGAGGGGAAUCUCACUUACUCUUGGUUGGUGAUCCCGGCACUGGAAAGUCUCAGUUUCUGAAAUUUGCAGCGAAAUUGAGCAAUAGAUCUGUUAUUACCACUGGGCUGGGAAGCACAAGUGCUGGAUUGACGGUUACUGCAGUGAAGGAUGGAGGUGAGUGGAUGUUGGAAGCUGGAGCCCUUGUUUUAGCAGAUGGAGGAUUGUGCUGCAUAGAUGAAUUCGAUAGCAUGAGGGAACAUGACAGGGCAACAAUACAUGAAGCCAUGGAGCAGCAAACAAUAAGUGUAGCUAAGGCUGGUCUUGUAACAACACUCAGCACUAGAACAACGGUAUUUGGUGCCACAAAUCCUAAAGGGCAAUAUGACCCCGAUCAACCUCUGUCUGUCAAUACAACACUCUCUGGUCCUUUACUUAGCAGGUUUGAUAUUGUCCUUGUGCUCUUGGAUACAAAGAAUCCUGAAUGGGAUGCAGUAGUUUCAUCCCAUAUUCUUUCUGAGGCAGAACCUGAUAGAGCCAACAACGAUGAAGAUCUAGCAAAAGUCUGGCCUCUUUCUACACUCAAGAGGUACUUACACUAUGUGAAAGAAACUUUCAAGCCAGUCCUUACAAGAGAGGCCGAAAGAGUCAUAUCUAGCUAUUAUCAACUUCAAAGGAAGUCUGCAACUCAUAAUGCAGCCAGGACCACCGUCCGGAUGCUGGAAAGUUUAAUACGCCUAGCUCAAGCUCAUGCAAGGCUGAUGUUCAGAAAUGAAGUGACCCGAUUAGAUGCCAUCACAGCAAUUUUAUGCGUAGAAUCCUCAAUGACUACCUCAGCUAUAGUGGAUUGCAUUGGGAAUGCCCUGCACUCCAAUUUUACUGAAAACCCUGAUCAGGAAUGUAUCCUUGCUAGAUGCUAAGCAAGAAAGACUGAUCCUGGAAAAGUUGGGAUCAAUAGAUGACUUCUCUGAUAUGAACAGAAUGGGAGACUGAAGGACAAGGGAGGAUAACAAAAUUGAAGUCCUGUAUAUUGAAUCAUUAAAGUGAUUAUUUUUAGUUAGAUCUGCUAUUAGUUGGCACAGGAUAACAAAAUUGAAGUCUUGUAGAUUAAUCACGAAAGUGAUUACUUUUAGUUAGCUAUGUUAUUUAGUUGGCAUUUAAGUAAGGGGGCAAAACAUUUUAGUUCUCUUACUAGACAAUUAGAUAGAUGCCUUUCCUAUCUUCGCCUUUUCUCUAGUCUUUAUUUAUUAUGUACUUUCGAUCUGUUGAGAGGGGCACUCAAUUUGAAUGAUGAUUUUGUUGUAUUAGCCUGAAUACAAAUGUUUGUAGGUUUGCAACUCUUAUUUGGCAAUUAAAGCGAGUGUUAAGGUGAAUUUCUUUUCAAAUUUUUACUUUCAUUUAAUAAAUCUCAGAAGCCCUACGCGUACUUUGCUUAAUGAAACUAAAUUGACUCAGCUUAAUUUCAUUUAAUAUAUAUUCAUUGAACUAACACACUUCCAAACCAUAACUAAAAUUUGACAUGUAAGUUAGAUAGGUAGGACAGCUAACAGUCAGAUGCCACUGUUGAGUCCUUUUGCUUCAAAAUGGCUUGACGAAUAACGGUUAACAUUCAACUCAACCUUGUGACCUUACAUUCAUAUCUAUCUUUGCAGACAAUACAUGAAUCUCGCAGAAUAUCAAGAUUUCAAGCUUCACUUACUAGUCUCAUCUUCUGAAUUCUAAUUCUGAUGUGGAAAUGCAUAAUGACUAAUGAGGUAUCUCUUGCAGCUCUCUCAAACACGUUUAUUUAUUUAUUUACAUAGUAGUACUCAUUUCUAUUCGACUGGAUAAAGUAUAGUAAUAAAUAUAAGAUUGAGUAUUGUUAUCGAGAGUUAAUACCUCCUAGUUCUUCCUUUCACAUUCCUCAAGUGCAUCACAAUUGAGUAUCUGAAUCUUCUGCAAUGUCUCAGAUACUCAUACAACAGCAGCAGCAGAUUACACAUUUCAAAGCUCAUCAUAACCUCAUUUAUUGAUGAGUAAUUAUUGGAUAACAUUAUUUGAAAGUAUUGUAUAAUAAUUCAAUCUGUCACACUACAGUACAGGAUAAGAAUGAUGCUGCACCGAAACCAGAGCUUCACUUAUCACAGGGCCACUAAUUCAUAAUUAACACUAGUAAUCAACUUAAAAAUGAUAUUAAUGUACUCCAUCAUGGUACAUUCUUGAAUGUACGACAUGACUUGUUCAAUGCAAUUAUAUUCUGUCAAUUCACAGUAUCCUAAGUGGGAAGAAAUAAUAUAGUCUUAAUGUUUAUUAAAACGCCAUGAAUAAAGUAAGCUUGAAAAUAGCACCA